UCCACCGCUUCUUCACUUUGUGCUGAGCUUCAUACAUCUCUCGCGCUCUGACCCAUUUGGUGAAGGGAAAACAGAAGGGGAAGACAACAGCAAUCCAACAUGGCAUUCAGUGGAACAUGGCAAGUGUACACACAGGAGAACUACGAAGAAUUCCUCAGAGCCAUCUCUCUCCCCGAGGAUGUCAUCAAAAUGGCCAAGGACAUCAAACCUGUGACCGAGAUCAAGCAGACCGGCAAUGACUUUGUCAUCACCUCUAAGACCCCUCACCAGUCUGUCACCAACUCCUUCACCAUUGGCAAAGAAAGCGAAAUUACCACCAUGGAUGGAAAGAAGCUCAAGUGCACUGUCCAACUGCAGGGAGGGAAACUCAUCUGUAAGACAGAGAAGUUCUCUCAUGCUCAGGAGAUUGUUGGAGGAGAGAUGGUGGAGCACAUGACAGUAGGAGCAGUAACCAUGGUCAGAAGAAGCAAGAAAGUAUGAGGACAGCGGUUACAAGGAUAUUUAAAUAAACUUUCUCAUAUGACACAAAAACAGA